AUUUGUUUAGAGACUCGCUCACUUCAAGACACACCUGAAACUGAGAGACAAACAGAAAGAGACAGACAGAGGAGGAAAAGGGAGCUUUGGUUAAACUAUCAACAACAAGAAUUGAUUUUCAAACAGUUGACUGAUUAGUACAGACUGUCUCACAGAAUUUUGAAAUGUUCUGUUUCCACUGUCCCCCGGCCCUCCACCCGGCCGCCCGACCCCUGGGACUCGACUACAGCUGUCAACCACACCAACCUUAUUCUGGGUACGGCUUGCACGCAGAUCUACACGACGAUGCGUUUGCGCGACGGAAACAACGUCGAAACCGAACAACGUUCACUCUACAACAGCUUGAAGAGCUGGAGAAGGCGUUUGCGCAGACUCAUUACCCAGAUGUAUUCAUGCGCGAGGAUCUUGCCAUGCGCAUCAACUUGACGGAAGCUCGAGUCCAGGUUUGGUUUCAAAAUCGUCGAGCCAAAUGGCGAAAAAGUGAGCGAUUUUCCCAGCAGCCUCCGAGUGACGUCAAAUCCGAGACGACUGGACCGGAAACAGACGACUGCGGCGCUCACAGCGACAUAGAUCCCAGCCUCGACCUGGAUGACGAUCUACACAGUGCUGAUGACGUCACCGCUCACGGUGCUGACAAACUGGAAACAGCGCCGUCUGGCGACCACGAGUCUUGUGAUAUCGACACUGAAACUGUGACACUGACAGAUGUGAAGCAGAUUCCAGCAAUACCGAAAUACGACAGUGGCUCCCCCGAGAACCUCGUUAUCAAGAACAAAGAUAUGAACUCAGAACAGGCGUGUGAGUCUGAAGCGCAGAGCUGCUCGGAGGAAACCGACAGCAAAGAUCAACAUCCGACUCAGGACGGUGAGGCAGACGGACUAAAAGACACGGUUUCACCAUCAAGUCCUCAACCACAAGCUUCAGUAGACUGUAGUCCAGGGGCGGACCUGACGAGUGAUCACAGGGCAGCUGCCGCCCCCAGUGUUAAAACCUCCCUGAACUUGCUGCCAGCAUUGGGGAUGCCGCAACACGAUGUGAAUUUCUUAGCCAAGAUCAACGCGGGGCAUCUUCCCUUUUCACAGUCUCUACUGAUGGCGUCGCAGCGACCUAGUUUCUUCCCGCUGAUGGAAGGAUCCAGCAUGAAGCAGUGCUAUGAUGCCCACAUGAACCACAGACCUCUAAUGCACAACUACCCACACCCAGCGUUCAAAGGGUGCAUGCCGUUCUGCUUGUGCUCCAACUCCAGACCAACGUGGCCGUCGUUCCUGACGAUGCACGAGCACAGAAACUCGAGUGUAGCCGAACUACGCCGGCGAGCACGUGAGCACGCGGAGGCUAUGGUCGCCAGCGCCACGGAAAGAAUUUACAAUUCAGAAUAAGUAGAUCCACGGACACUAGAUUGAGCUCAAUGUUACAAUUCAGAAUAAGUACAUCCACGGACACCAGAUUGAGCUCAUUGUUACAAUUCAGAAUAAGUACAUCCACGGACACCAGAUUGAGCUCAUUGUUACAAUUCACAAUAAGUACAUCCACGGACACCAGCUUGAGCUCAUUGUUACAAUUCACAAUAAGUAGAUCCACGGACACUAGAUUGAGCUCAUUGUUAAAAUUCACAAUAAUUAGAUCCACGGACACUAGAUUGAGCUCAUUGUUACAAUUCAGAAUAAGUACAUCCACGGACACUAGAUUGAGCUCAUUGUUACAAUUCAGAAUAAGUAGAUCCACGGACACUAGAUUGAGCUCAUUCUUGUAAACUGUCGACACUGGAAAUAACCCGAUAAGUUAGAAUCUCGUUACAAUGUCUCCGACACCUUCCCUAGACCUAAUCCUCUUGCUACAGUGAUGACAUAACCAAACUGUUUAUUAGUAUCAUUACAAAUACAUUUAUACACGUGUUAAGCAGCUACCGUAUGGGGUAUAAACAUAACUGACUGUUUAAUACGGGUGGAUAUAUAUUAACUUAUUUAAAAUAUACCGAUGGAAAGAAGCAAGGCUACACAAUGUCAUGCCAUUUGAGACGACAUUUAAUUCACUGUCCGGGUAGUUAUGUCUGUACGUAACGUGGAGUUCACUGCCAGUAACACAAUUAACUCCCUCAUACAGAUGCUGAGGGGUUUGGCUGCUGUUAAUGUUUGUUCUUAUUAUUUAUGUGUUGCCUUAUUUCUCUCCAUCAGUAUAAUAAAAAUGUGACAUCUUUCUACACGUUGCUGUUUAAUACUGGCGACCGCUUGUCUGGUCUUGCAUUUCGUGCAUGUAUCUAUUUAAAAUAUUGUUCCUAUAGAUUGUAUAAUAUAUUGUUUGUAUUAAUUUUAAUGAACAUAUGUGAGCCCCGUGCCAUAGCUGGAUUGUUUUGUACCUAAUAUAAACUGUGUUCACUUCAUUUGCUAGCUGUCUCUUUUGGUUACGUUGUAAUUAUGUUUGCAGGUUUUUAGUCAAGAAAUAAUUUGAGCAAUAUUUCUUUAACAUAUUUAGAACCCCUUGCUGCAAUAUUGUUUUAUGCACGUGCGUGUGCGCGUUCAGAUGCAUUGGUGGAUCAAGGGGGUGUCACAGGGGUGCCAUGCCCACCUCCCUGCCUUUUUGAAAUACCUUUUUUAAUGUUUGUUUUUGUUUGUAUUUAUUUUAUUAUUAUUAGUUUUUUUUGAGGGGGGGGGGGGGGGUCCGGGGGGUGGGGGUGGGGGCGGCGUGUGUGAUAUAAUUCAUCAUCCACAACAUAUAACAGUAACCGCCCUGAGCAUCUUUAUUUCCAUGUUCAGGGAGCAUCCACCCCCCAUCCCCCCCCCAACCAGCCCUCCCCCAGAUCUCACUUCAUUUAGCUCGGUUCAUUUACCCUCGGAAUACUCAAACCUGCACUUUUUAGUAUUUUGUGACCCCCCCUUACAAACUAUGGAAUUCGCCUCUGAGACGUCCCUUUGUUUAUGAAAGCAGUGUAAAGGUUUAUGGCGCUAUGAAUGGCAGUCCUCGUGCAAACCUUUGGAACCAAAUAUACUGAACUCCAUUGAAAACGCACCACCCAUUGUUAUUGCAAUGUGUGAGGUGCUUCAAGACACACAAUAACCCUAACCCCUGUAUACAAUUAUGGGCUUAUUUAUUGUCUACCCGAAAAUACUCGUCUAAAGGAAUUCAGUUUAAUCUAUUAGUAUUUCUUCUCGUAUUAUGUUUACAACUGCAAAUGGGAUUGGUGCGUUUUUAGUGAAGUUGUGUAUAUUUCACCAAGAUCAGCUGUUCUUUGUAACCAAAACAGUCGACAGUGAGACGUACCCUAACAACUCCUAUCUUAACUUCUUUUAGCAUCAGUCUUGUACCGAAAUACUGCAUUAAAUAUGCCAAUAACAGAUUGGUAAUCGUCAAGUAUGUUAUAGUUUUUAUUAAACACUUAAAAUGUGGUUUUAUUGUGAUGUAUUACUGGGAAGUAGAUUGACAUUUAUCAUCGUCAAUUUCUUGAGAGAAAAAUAAACUUGUUUUUGGGGGCGAAGUAUUUUGAGUGUUGAUAGUUUAAUGAUAUAUUGUCAAGAUUUAUGUAGACGACACGGGCUGGGAUCUUGCUACGGGAAUGAUGAAUAGUUGACGGAUUUUAUUAUUAUUAUUUUUUUUUUUAUCAGGCUGUGACAAAAUCAAUAAAACAGCUGUUAGGGAAAAACAUCUGAUUUAUGUUUUAGGAUUAAAGAGAUAAAUACAUAUAUCCAAUUUCAACACGAGUUUAUAGUCACACAUUGUUAAUGCUGAACCAGUGCUAUUCAUGGACGUUUUACCGCUUUCAAAACAAAUCUAGUGCAAUAUCAAAUCAUAUUUGAAAAACAAAAAUUAAAAUUAUUUUUGCUAUUACUAUUGUUACUUGGUCUAUUAUACUACCUGAUAUAUUCACUGCGAAAGAUUGCAGAUGAGGUGGAGAUUUGAAUGAAAAAUUAUUGUACGUGAAUAAUAACAAGAUUUAGAAAUUUCAUUGUACUUGAUUAAUACCAUGCAACUGUCACUUAUAUACACAUAUAAUUAUUUACUGUCAUUUAUUUAAAAUAUAGACGUCGUUAUCUCGAUGUGAAAAUGACCGACUCGACAAUCUCGAGAUAUAGAUGGUUCGAGAUAAACUUGUUUUUGAAAAAACCCAUACCAGAGCCAUAUCUCGACGUGGAGAUAUCCCAACUGUUGGAAAUAACAGAGGUCGAGAUAACGAUGUGUGAAUGUAGAUUUCAUCUGUUGUUAUAUAUAUUGACGUUCUUAAGAAUAUCAGUAAUUGUUAAAUUAAUUGAAAUUAGAUCCUUCAUUCCACUGAAUUUGAUUAAAACUGGAUUGAAUGUGAACGAAAAACGUUAGUGCUAUCACCAUUCUCUUGUUAUUUUAGUUUAAGUCUCUCGUGCAAUAUUCGUCUUUCAGGUUAUAUUCCUCUUUUAUUUAUUUUAUACGUUGUUCAGACCCUUUGCUUUGGUAUAAUUAUUUUUUCCUUUUAUUGUUUCCAACUGCCAAAUGUAUAUCAAAUAAAUGUGUUGUACU